ACAGAACUAGCUAGACAUCUGCACUACCAAGAUGAAGCAUACCCUGAGUAUAGGUUUGGUAUCUAUAUUCCUACUAUUAGCUGAAGAGGCACGGAGCAGUAAUAUAGGACACGAGCACGACUCCUAUGGUGGUAAUAAUUUCAAUUAUGAUUCAGAAGAUGAAGCAGCUUACUCCUAUCUGGGAAAGGAUAGUGUAGUGAAGUUUUCACCUCAAGAAGAGAGCAUAGCAAAAAUAUUAAAAGCUUUUGGAUCCUGCCAAGCAAAACACCCCCUCAGUACUGAUGAGCUUGCAGCUUUGAAAAAGCAAGAUACUGACAUGGAAUAUUCUCAUGAUGCGAAAUGUUUUUUCGCUUGCAUGUUUAAAGCAACAGAUUUGUUGAAAGAUGGAAGAUUUGUGACUGAAAAUCUGGCUGAAUAUUUUGAUGAAGAUUCAAGCGGUAUAAUUAAUUCCAGGGAGAUCAUUGAAUACUGUAAUAAACAAGUUCCUGAAAGUGAACCUGAUCUAUGCGAAUAUGUAUACAAAAUGACUAAAUGUUGGACCAAGAAGAUACUUAAUUCCUAAAUCCAUUUUAUAAGAAUCAAUUUAUUAAAAUAUAUGAAAAUUAUAUAUAUUCACAAAUAAACAAUUGAAAGAAAUUGUUUAUUAAACAUGUAAUCAUCAGCAAACUUUGAACAGAAGUAUACUCACAAACAGAAAAUAUAGAGAAAAUAUUUUUUUGAAUACUUCUCAAUAAAUAUUAUAAAGUUAUAUAAUGUGCUGUCUGUUUAUUCAUUAAAAAAUUGAUGAAAUGUGUUAUGAAAGAUUAUAAAAAUAAAAAUAUUUCCAAC